GGAUCGUAACUUUCACUUUUCCCGCCUUGCUAAUCUCGGCUUCUAUUUCACGAUUUAAAAUCGAACUCCCUUCUACUAUUAGUGUUAUUGUUUUCAUUGUUCUGUGCGUCACUACACGUCCUCACAUAAAGUUGUCAAAACCGUUGUGGUUCCAGUGCAUACACAGGUGUGGGAUCUUUUCUUUGUAACAAGCGCGUUAGUUAGCCUUUCACUUUCGCCCCAUUCACCUCUAUUCAGCUUCAGACACACUUCUUGUCUGUACGGGUGAAGCAAAACUCGAAACGAUGGUCAAGGAGACUGCGUACUAUGACGCCCUCGGCGUGAGCCCGGAUGCCGGCGAGGAUGAGAUCAAGCGCGCCUACCGCAGGCUUGCCCUCAAGUACCAUCCUGAUAAGAAUACCGACCCCGGGGCGCAGGAUAAGUUCAAGGAGGUGUCCGUCGCGUACGAGGUCCUCUCCGACCCCGAGAAGCGCAAGCGCUAUGAUCAGUUUGGCAAGGAUGCCGCGGAGAUGGAGGGCGGAGGUAUGGACCCCAGCGACAUUUUCGCCAGCUUCUUUGGUGGUGGUGGCCGUCCUCGUGGUGAGCCGAAGCCGAAGGACAUUGUGCAUGAGCUGCCGGUGCCGCUCGAGGCUUUCUACUGCGGCAAAAACAUCAAGCUGGCUAUCACCCGCGAUCGCCUGUGCACGCAGUGUAAUGGUACGGGGUCGAAGGUAGCAGGCGUGAGUGCGACGUGCAAGGAUUGCGGCGGACGCGGUGUUCGCAUGGUGACUCGUCAAUUGCAGCCGGGCUUUAUUCAGCAAAUGCAAGUAUCGUGUCCCACUUGCAAGGGCAAGGGAACGAAUCUGAAAGAAGAGGACAAGUGCGUGGGCUGCCGUGGGCAGCAGAUCCUCAAGGAUAAGAAGAUCUUCGAGGUUGUGGUGGAGAAGGGCAUGCACCGCGGCGAUAGCGUCACGUUCACCGGUGAAGGUGACCAGAUCCCCGGCGUGAAGCUUUCUGGUGACAUCAUCAUCAUCCUGGAUCAGAAACCGCAUGCUUUCUUCACUCGCAAGGGCAACCACCUCCUCAUGGAGCACACGAUCUCCCUGGCGGAGGCUCUGACCGGCUUCUCCGUAAAUAUCACCCAGCUCGAUGGCCGCAAGUUGCGAGUUUCCUCCACCCCAGGCAGAGUGGUGGACCCGUCCACCAUGUACAGCGUCGACCGCGAAGGCAUGCCCGUUGCGAAGACCGGUGGUAUGGAGCGUGGUGAUCUGAUCAUUCGUUUUCACGUUGUGUUUCCCAAGACGCUGGAAGGGGGUGCUGUCCCGGAACUGCGCAAAGUUCUCGGCUACCCACCGCAGCCGACCGUGGAAGCCGAGUCGGAGCCGCACACGUUGCAGGAGUCGCACAUCGACUUUGAGAAGGAGGCACGCCGCAACGCGUAUGAUGACGAAGGCGAUCAGCAGCCGCGCGUGCACACUGCCGGCUGCUCGCAGCAGUAG